CCGAGCAGAGGAAACAUCCAGCGCCUCACAGAGAGAAAGAAGACAUCUUUCUACACGGAGAAGACGCUCUGAACCCGGAGGCUGCUCUCCCUCACAGACACGACUGACCUAAUCUAAUGAUUAUCACACACUGACAUCCAGUAAGCACAAGCUCUUCUUCAGCCGCACAUCUAGCGCACAUCUAGAGUGGUGGCUAGCGUGUCCACCAUCUUGUUCCACUCUCGUUUCUUACCUACACCUGUUGUGGCCGACACAAGUGCAGCACAACCAUGCCCAAAAGCAGUAAAGUGACCCAGCGCGAGCACAGCAAUGAGCAUGUCACAGAGUCUGUGGCGGAUCUGCUGGCCUUGGAGGCCCCCAUGGACUACAAGAGCAGUCAGAUGAGCAUGAACAUGGCCGGAGGAGGACCACCACCGAUAGGCAAGCAGCCAGACAUCUCCCCUGAUCUGGAAGACGGACGACCAGCCUGGAACAGCAAGCUGGAGUACAUCCUGGCCCAGGUGGGCUUCUCAGUGGGUCUGGGCAACGUUUGGCGCUUUCCCUACUUGUGCCAGAAGAAUGGAGGAGGUGCAUACCUUGUCCCAUACUUCAUCCUGCUUCUCCUCAUUGGCAUCCCACUCUUUUUCCUGGAGCUGGCCGUGGGUCAGAGGAUCCGCAGAGGGAGUAUUGGGGUCUGGAACUACGUUUAUCCUCGACUGGGUGGCAUCGGCGUGUCCAGCUUAAUGGUGUGUGGCUUUGUGGGUCUCUACUAUAACGUGAUCAUAGGCUGGAGCAUCUUCUACUUCUUCCAGUCGUUCCAGUAUCCUCUGCCCUGGAGCGAGUGCCCCAUCCGAAGGAAUGGAAGCCAAGCCAUCGUGGAGCCGGAGUGUGAAAAGAGCUCCGCAACUACGUACUUCUGGUACCGUGAAACACUGAACAUCACCAGCACUAUCGCUGACAGCGGAGGGCUGAACUGGAGGAUGACUCUGUCUUUGCUGGCAGCCUGGAUCAUCGUCUGUCUGGCGGUCAUCAAGGGCAUUCAGUCAUCUGGCAAGGUGAUGUACUUCAGCUCCCUGUUUCCAUACGUGGUGCUCUUCUGCUUCCUGGUACGUGGAAUGUUUCUUAAAGGCGCUGUGGACGGCAUUGCUCACAUGUUCACCCCUAAGCUGGAGAUCAUGCUGGAGCCGCAGGUGUGGCGUGAAGCUGCCACACAGGUUUUCUUCGCUUUGGGCCUGGGUUUCGGUGGAGUCAUCGCUUUCUCCAGCUACAACAAGAGGGACAAUAACUGCCAUUUUGAUGCAGUGCUGGUCUCCGUCAUCAACUUCUUGACCUCCAUUUUAGCCACACUGGUGGUGUUUGCUGUGCUUGGAUUCAAGGCUAACGUCUUGAAUGAGAAAUGCAUAGUGGAGAAUGCUGAGAAGAUACUGGACCUUUUGAACUCAAAUGUGCUGAGUCAUGAUCUGAUCCCUCCUCACGUUAACUUCUCCCACCUGACUUCUUCUGACUAUGCCGAGAUGUAUGAAGUGAUUAAAAUUGUAAAAGAAGGCAGUUUCUCUCAGCUGGGCCUGGAGCAGUGUCUGCUGGAGGAUGAACUCAAUAAAGCUGUUCAGGGAACUGGCCUGGCCUUCAUCGCUUUCACAGAGGCCAUGACACAUUUCCCAGCAUCCCCUUUCUGGUCAGUGAUGUUCUUUUUCAUGCUGAUUAACCUCGGUCUGGGCAGCAUGAUCGGCACCAUGACUGGUAUCACCACGCCCAUCCUCGACACCUUCAAAAUCCGCAAGGAGAUCCUCACCGUGGCUUGCUGUAUCGUGGCGUUUCUCUGCGGCCUGUUGUUCGUCCAGCGCUCAGGAAACUACUUCGUAACCAUGUUUGAUGACUACUCUGCUGGCCUGCCUCUCACUAUCGUAGUCGUCUUGGAAAAUGUGUCUGUGGCCUGGAUAUAUGGCACCAAGAGAUUCAUGCAGGAUCUGGAGGAUAUGCUGGGUUUUAAACCAUACAGGUUGUAUUUCUACCUCUGGAAGUACGUGUCUCCAGUCUGUCUUCUUAUUCUUAUUGCUGCCACCGUUGUGGAGAUGUCCAUAAGUCCACCUGGAUACAAUGCUUGGGUUCAGGAUCUGGCUACAGAGAGGUUCCAGAGCUAUCCUCCAUGGGCGCUGGCCAUGUGUUUCGCCCUCAUAGUUCUGGCCAUGCUUCCCCUGCCCCUGGUCUUCAUUGCCCGCCAUUUCAACUGGCUGCCCGAUGGCUCCAACAAGCUGUCUGUCUCCUACCGCAAGAGCCUGACCAAGGACACGUCCAACCUGGAGGACGAGACACGCUUCAUUCUGGGCAAGAACCCCAGUGAGGCGCCCUCCCCCAUGCCCAGCCACCGGGCAUACCUGGGCCCUGGCAGCACGUCGCCCGUGGAGCUCAUCACCAACUCCACCUCCAUCAGCGGCUACGGCAGCAGCUACCAGACCAACCCCGCCCCACCCAAAUCUGAAUCAUGAACCCCCACCAGCGCAUCCCAAUAGGACUGAGGCUGAGCUGGAUGCAGCAAUGGAGAGAAAGUGGAGGAAAGGGAAAUGGAGUGAAGUCACAGCAUACGUCACACUUUAAUCCAAGCCAUACAGAGGAAAGGAUAGGAGAAGAAAGGGCAAAAGGAAAAAAUAGCCUGCAUUCACCAAGUCACUAGAACUAGCCCAAAAGUAACAGAAGGUACAUUAACACCUUGUCU